ACUGUAGUCCUCCUGUAGGUCCUCCAAACCCUCUUAAACCCUCCAGACCCCCAAAAAACCCCAAUCCCAUCCCACUCUUGUCCUCCUGUAGCUCCUCCAAACCCUCUAAAACCCUCAGACCCCCCCAAAAAAACCCCACACCCCCUAAAAAACCCCUUUCCCACCCCCCCAGAACCUCUUAAAGGACCCCUUUUAUAUGGGCCUGUACCAAAAACGCGACCGCUCUCCGGCCUACGACGAACUGAUCGACGAAUUCAUGGAGGCCAUCACAGACAGAUACGGCCAGAACACCUUGAUUCAAUUUGAGGAUUUUGGAAACCACAACGCUUUCCGUUUCCUCCGGAAGUACAGGGAGAAAUAUUGUACCUUUAAUGAUGACAUUCAAGGUGGGUUCUGGGGGGUCCUCAGUCCUCCAACGGGGGUUCUUGGGUCCUCCAAGGGCUCGUGGGUACUGCAGGGGGUGUUGAGUCCUCCUCGGGGUCCUCCAGUGGGUGUUGAGUUCUCGGAGGGGUGUUGAGUCCUCCUAGGGGUCCUCCAAGGGGUGUUGACUUCUCCAAUAGGUGUUGAGUCCUUCUAGGAGUCCUCCAAGGGGUGUUGAGUCCUCCUAGGGGUCCUCCAAGGGGGGUUGAGUGCUCUGAGGGGUUUGAGUCCUCCUAGGAGUCCUCCAAGGGUUGUUGAGUCUUUCUUGGGGUCCUCCAAGGGGUGUUGAACUCUCCAAUGGGUGUUGAGUCCUCCUAGGGGUCCUCCAAGGGGUGUUGAGUGCUCUGAAGGGUGUUGAGUCCUCCUAGGAGUCCUCCAAAGGGUGUUGAGUCCUCCUAGGGGUCCUCCAAGGGGUGUUGAGUUCUCUGAGGGGUGUUGAGCCCUCCUAGGAGUCCUCCAAUGGGUGUUGAGUCCUCCUAGGGGUCCUCCAAGGGGUGUUGAGUUCUCCAAUGGGUGUUGAGUCUUCCUCUGGGUCCUCCAAGGGAGGCUGAGUCCUCCAGUGUCUGUUGAGUCCUCCCGUGUAUGUUGUUGAGUCCUCCAGUGUCCUUUGAGUCCUCCCACGGGUGUUGUUGAGUCCUCCAAUGUCUGUAGAGUCCUCCUAUGGGUGUCGCUGAG